GUGCUAAAUCGAAGUGUUCUAUGUUUGUAAAAAUAUUUUAGUGACUAAUAGGGUUAUCCACUUCAAUUGUCAAAAAACUUUAAAAAACUUAUUAAACAUUUCAUUACAUAUCACAAAAGUGAAAAUUAAACACUUGAAAUUAUUAGUUUUACGAAGGUUUUAAUUGGACUAUAAUCAAGGACCUGUUAAAUGUUUUCAACUACAGCCUGAAAUAAUGGCAUCAGCAUGGAAAUCUCCUGAGGAUUUUGAGAAUGAUUUAUGGGCAUUUUCAGAAACAAACGAUGAUGGUAACACUCAUGAUCCUCCUCCACUCACAAUAUUGCAAUACAAUGCUGAAAUCGAGGCAAAUAGUAAUUCUAGUAUAUUUGAUACAGAUUAUUCAAACGAACCUGUUAUAUAUCUGAGCACUGGACGAGGUCGAGGAGGUAUAAGUCAGAUGUUUAGGCCCGGAAUUACAGUUAAAAAUGAUGAUGAAGACGAGCACACUUUACAAAAAUAUUUACGAAAGGUGUCUGGAUUAGGAUACUCGAACGAAUUGAUUCAGAAAUCUUUCAAAAAAUCCACUCCACAACCAAAAGAAGAAUUCUGUGAUGCAGAGUGUGAUAAUAGUGAUAAUUAUUCUACCUCAGAUCAAACGAAUAGAUUAAAAAUGACUACUCCAUCGAAAGAAUCUUUAUCGAAUCAUGUUUCAAUCAGGUCAAGUCCUAUUGGAGUAAAUCCUGUUGAACAACCUCUUCCACUUAGCGUUAUAUUAUGCCAAGCAAAGAAAAAUAUGAAAACUGAUAAACAAAAUACUGUAAGAAAAAAGAUUCAUACUUUAAAUCCUGAAGCUCCCGUAUUUAAGGUGCUAAGUUUGAAUCAAAAUGUACAAUCAAAUAGGUUACUGGAUGAAUCUCCACAAACUAGUGAAUCAAUAGAAUCAGAUAACAUUGAAUCAUAUUCAAGUGGGGAUGAACCAUCAAGAAAAAAGAGAAAUGGUAUUCAUUCGGGUAGAGAUUUUACAAGGAAUUGUAAUGUUAAUAGAUUAUUACUUAAUGAUAUACCUUUGGAAAGGAAUACUAUAUCUUGGAGACAAAAAAAUCGAAAAACUUUUAAUGUAGAUUCGGUCAGCGACUUUCCGCCACUUUAAAUUUAUAAAAAUUCAGAUGGUACUAUAUAGGAAAAGUAGUUUUUCAAGAGUCGAUUCGUCCUAGGUAAAAAUUCGUCUUUUUAGGGAAGGUUUAUUAAAAGGGGAAAACUUGAGGGUAUUAUGAACAACAAGAAUCUAAGAGCCUAUCUAAGAGUCUUUAUAAUAUGAAGAGAUACAGAUACAGAACUAUUUGAAGAAUCCUCAUUUAAACUAACAUAACACAACCUAAUUGUGUUUUCUAGGAUGAUUCAAGGGCAAUUGACACUCAAAACACUCUAUCAACUAUUUGAAUCCACCACAAAGUGUGGAGCUCACUAUAGUACUACUGUUGUAUUUUUUUUUCUCAUUUUAUAGUCCUGCUUCUUGUUGUUAUAUUUACCUCUUCCAUUCAUCCCUUUCUUUUAUUUCCAUAAUGUAGUUGACAUAUUGGAACAUUAUCUGGUGUUGAUUGUUGAAUCUCUUAGGAAAUUUAGUUCGGUUGGGUUUCUAGUUUUACCUGAAUAUUAUUUCUUGACGUUGAAAAUAAUUCAAAAUCAAAAUAUUCUUCCAUUUUCUCUUCUCCAAGCUAAUACAUUAUUUUUCCCAUUAUUCCUCUUCUCUAUUGCAUAAUCUCGCAUGUUUCCUCUGGUAUAUUAGGGCCUACUUGUGGACCAGUAGAUCUAUGGGCAACUUUCUGGAGAUAACCUCUAUUGAGGUCGUUUUUGUAACCUAGUGAAGAACUUUUUACUGAAUUUUGAAUGUUUUAGCUUAUUCUCACUCAAAUCUCACUACAACUUUUCUUUUGAGAGACGGAUUCAUCAAUAUUUGAAUUGGAUCCUCCACAAAGUAUGAAACUCAUUGUAGUACUACCCACUAUAACCUCCAUGGUAACAAACAUCUUUGUUUGCCGAUUUAAUGGUCUCACUUGUUAUAUUUGCCUCCUCCACUUGUCCUUUUCUUUUAUUUCCAUAUGCUGGAACAUUAUCUAGUAUUGGUUUCUUAAGAUAACCUCUGUGGAAGUCAUUUUGGUAACCCAAAGGAGAACUUUGUACUGGAUCGACUCAAAAUCUCAAUUUGCUAUUUUGACUUCUAUUUUUUUUUCUUAUUAUAUUUACUAAAGGGAACCAAAAAUUAAAAUUUGUAUUGUUCAUCCAAGUUAAUGUUCCAAAAAUAUCAUUAGUCAAUUGUGGACAUCGGCUUGGAUCUUAAUUAAUCAAAAUUGACAAUUGUUGACAUUUGUUUUUACUAUAAGACAUAAACAUUUUAUUUUUGGAAUGAUUAUUUUUUUAAAUUCUUAUAAGGACAUUUUACUUGUGAAUAUAAUAAAAAAAUAUUAAUUUGUUCCCCCA